CCCGCGCACGGCGUCCCUGGCGCUCGUCACACACUUGCUGCGUAUUUAACGGACGCCCCGGUGCGCACCGAGCCACAAGCAUGCCUCGUCUCCAGAGAGGCUCACGCUCUUGUGGACGCGCUUUGACUUUGAGAGACUUGUGGUGAGGAGACAGACGCGGAGAGUUCGGACCGCAAGUUUGGGGCGGCAGAGACGCAGCGCUCAGGAAACCUCCCUGAGGACACCCACCUACUCACUCACACACGACACGCUCGCACACACUCAGCUUCACCAUGCAGGAGUCGGAGCCCACCGUGUGUCAGCUGCAACCCAACAUCAUCUCAGUGCGUCUUUUCAAGAGGAAGGUGGGAGGCCUGGGCUUCCUGGUGAAGCAGAGGGUCUCCAAACCUCCGGUCAUAGUUUCGGACCUGAUCCGGGGUGGCGCGGCUGAAGAAUGUGGUCUGGUCCAGGUGGGCGACAUUGUCCUGGCGGUCAACAACAAGCCCCUGGUGGACCUUUCCUAUGAGCGCGCGCUCGAGACUCUCAAGAACGUGUCGCCCGAGAGCCAUGCUGUUCUGAUUCUCCGCGGACCGGAGGGGUUCACCACCCACUUGGAGACCACACUGACUGGGGAUGGGCGCCAGCGUACGGUCCGGGUCACACGGCCCACGUAUCCAGGCUCCAAAUCCUUCGACCACUCUUCCCCGGUCAGUCCCUUCAGCCCUGGGCAGCAGAUCCUCAAGGAGCCGCAGCUCCGUGCCAUCGAGAACCUUUCCCCUUCCUCCAUCACUCACAGCAUCCUGCAGAGAGGGGCCAUCCAGGGCCAGGACCCCCUGCUGAUGAGGGACGAGGGCUCUCGUUUCUACAACGGUCUGGAGGAGAACAACGAGCUGCUGAAGGAGAUCGAACCGGUGCUGCGGCUCAUCAAGAACAGCAAGAGGGAGAUCAAUGGAGAAGGCCAGCGGAACGCCGGCAGGAGGGACGCCGAGAUCCAAGUGGCCUGGGACCUCGGCAUGGGAAACGGCACGCUGCCUCAGCUGGCGCCAGAUAACGACAGAAUGCUGGAAAACAUGCCGGUGGUGCUGCACAGCAUCGACUCAGACGAGAUGGCUGACGGCAGGACUUCGCCCACCAAGACGCUGCAGAACGGAAGUCCGUCCAAAUGUCCUCGCUUCAUCAAGAUCAAGAACUGGGAGUCCGGGACCGUCUACAGUGACACGCUGCACCACAGCUCCAGCAAGGUUCCGAUCUGCUCGGAGAACGUUUGCUCCGGCUCCAUCAUGAUGCCCAGCCAGAGCGUCCGGAAGCCCGAUGAAGUGCGGACCAAAGAGGAGCUUUUGCCACUAGCCACUGACUUCAUCGACCAGUAUUACACCUCCAUCAAGAGGUACGGAUCCAAGGCCCACGUUGACCGACUGGACGAGGUCACCAAGGAGAUCGAGGCAUCAGGAACGUACCAGCUGAAGGACACAGAGCUGAUUUACGGUGCCAAACACGCCUGGAGGAACGCGGCCCGCUGCGUCGGGAGGAUCCAGUGGUCCAAGCUUCAGGUCUUUGACGCCAGAGACUGCACGACGGCUCACGGAAUGUACAACUACAUCUGCAACCACAUCAAGUACGCCACCAACAAAGGAAACUUGAGGUCUGCCAUCACCAUAUUCCCGGCGAGAACAGACGGCAAACACGACUUCCGAGUUUGGAACAGUCAGCUGAUCCGAUACGCCGGCUACAAGCAACCGGACGGAGAGAUCCUGGGCGACCCGGCUAACGUGGAGCUUACUGAGAUCUGCAUGCAGCUGGGCUGGAAGGCCCCCAAGGGCCGCUUCGACGUGCUGCCACUGCUGCUGCAGGCCAACGGAAAUGACCCCGAGCUGUUCGAGAUCCCAGAAGACCUUGUCUUGGAGGUGCCCAUCACACACCCCAAGUUCGAGUGGUUCAAGGACCUGGACCUGAAGUGGUACGCGCUCCCCGCCGUGUCCAACAUGUUGCUGGAGAUCGGAGGUCUGGAGUUCACCGGCUGCCCCUUCAGUGGCUGGUACAUGGGCACAGAGAUCGGGGUGCGGGACUUCUGCGACAGCGCACGCUACAACAUCCUGGAGGAGGUGGCCAACAUGAUGUCUCUGGACACCAGAAAGACGUCGUCGCUGUGGAAAGACCAGGCGCUGGUGGAGAUCAACAUCGCCGUCCUACACAGCUUCCAGACCUGCAAGGUGACCAUCGUGGACCACCAUUCCGCCACGGAGUCCUUCAUGAAGCACAUGGAAAACGAGUACAGAGUGCGGGGGGGUUGUCCGGGCGACUGGGUGUGGAUCGUGCCGCCCAUGUCCGGCAGCAUCACGCCGGUGUUCCACCAGGAAAUGCUCAACUACAGACUUACGCCCUCCUUCGAGUAUCAGCCGGAUCCUUGGAACACUCACGUGUGGAAGGGAGUCAAUGGAACGCCCACAAAGAAAAGAGCCAUCGGAUUCAAGAAGCUGGCCAAGGCAGUGAAGUUCUCCGCCAAGCUGAUGGGCCAGGCCAUGGCCAAGCGAGUCAAAGCCACCAUCCUCUUUGCCACGGAGACGGGCAAAUCCCAAGAUUACGCCAAGACCCUGUGUGAAAUCUUCAAGCACGCCUUCGACGCGCGGGUCAUGUCCAUGGACGAGUACGAUGUGGUGGACCUGGAGCACGAGACCUUGGUGUUAGUGGUGACCAGUACCUUCGGAAAUGGAGAUCCGCCUGAAAACGGAGAGAAGUUUGGAGGCGCCCUGAUGGAGAUGCGCCACCCGACGUCCAACACGGAGGACAGGAAGAGUUACAAAGUUCGCUUCAACAGCGUGUCGUCGUACUCCGACACUCGCAAGUCGUCCAGUGACGAGCCGGAGUCGAAGGUCAACUUUGAGAGCACGGGGCCGCUUGCUAACGUGAGGUUCUCGGUGUUCGGCCUGGGCUCCAGGGCCUAUCCGCACUUCUGCGCCUUCGCCCACGCCAUCGACACGCUGUUCGAGGAGCUGGGAGGGGAGCGCAUCCUCCGCAUGGGAGAGGGGGACGAGCUGUGCGGCCAGGAGGAGUCCUUCAGGACCUGGGCCAAGAAGGUCUUCAAGGCGGCGUGCGACGUCUUCUGCGUCGGCGACGAUGUCAACAUCGAAAAGGCCAACGACUCGCUGAUCAGCAACGACCGCAGCUGGAAGAAGAGCAAGUUCCGCCUGACGUACACGGCCGAGGCACCGGCGCUGACCGAAGCUCUCUACAGCGUCCACAAGAAGAAGGUCUACGCAGCCAAAAUGCUGGAGUCUCAGAACUUACAAAGCCCCAAGUCCAAUCGCUCCACCAUUUUCGUGCGGCUCCACGCCAACAACCACGACAGCCUCAAGUACAAGCCUGGAGACCAUCUGGGCAUCUUCCCUGGCAACCACGAGGACCUGGUGACGGCGCUCAUCGACAAGCUGGAGGACGCACCCCCUGUCAAUCAGAUCAUCAAGGUGGAGUUCCUGGAGGAGAGGAACACAGCGCUCGGUGUCAUCAGCAACUGGACCAGCGAGAGCCGCAUCCCCCCCUGCACCAUCUACCAGGCCUUCCAGUACUUCCUGGACAUUACCACGCCGCCGACCCCAGUGCUGCUACAACAGUUCGCUGCUCUGGCAACCAGCGACAAGCAGAAGAAGAAGCUGGAGCUGCUCAGCAAGGGCCUUCAGGAGUACGAGGAGUGGAAGUGGUACAACAACCCCACUCUGGUGGAGGUGCUGGAGGAGUUUCCCUCCAUCCAGAUGCCCUCCACGCUGCUGCUGACCCAGCUGCCCCUCCUGCAGCCUCGCUACUACUCAAUCAGCUCCUCGCCGGACCUGCACCCGGGAGAGAUCCACCUCACCGUGGCGGUCGUCUCCUACCGAGCCAGAGAUGGAGGGGGACCCAUCCACCAUGGAGUGUGUUCAUCCUGGCUCAACAGGAUAGAGAAGGGCGAGAUGGUGCCUUGCUUCGUUCGAGGAGCGCCUUCCUUCCAUCUGCCGAAAGACCACCAAGCGCCGUGCAUCCUGGUGGGUCCUGGGACAGGCAUUGCACCGUUCCGGAGUUUCUGGCAGCAGAGACAGUUUGAUCGCGAAGACAAAGGCAUCGCGUCGUGGCCCAUGAUCCUGGUGUUUGGUUGUCGGCAGUCCGAGAUGGACCACAUCUACAAGGAGGAGACCAUCCAAGCCAAGAACAAGCAAGUCUUCAAGGAGCUGUACACGGCCUACUCCAGAGAACCUGGCAAACCAAAGAAAUAUGUGCAGGAUGUACUCCGGGAGCAGCUGUCCGAGACGGUGUACCAGUGCCUGAGGGAGGAGGGCGGACACAUCUAUGUGUGCGGGGACGUCACCAUGGCCGGAGACGUCAUGAAGACCGUCCAGCAAAUCAUCAAGCAGCGAGGCAACAUGAGCCUGGAGGACGCCGGCUUCUUCAUCAGCAAGCUCCGGGACGAGAACCGCUACCACGAGGACAUCUUUGGCGUCACGCUGCGCACGUACGAGGUCACCAACCGGCUGCGCUCCGAGUCCAUCGCCUACAUCGAGGAGAGCAAAAAAGACUCUGAUGAGGUCUUCUGCUCGUAGGACCCCCAGGAGCGAGUGAGGAGGGGGCGCUGACGAGCACGCAGGAGGACGCUGGUUCGAGGAAACUGUGCCAACUUUGUACUGUAGAGACCAAACCUGCUUCUUUUUUAUUUCCACCUGCGGCCCUGGUGUUUUUGGGAAUCUGCUCGCUGGUUUGUUUCCUCGUCACGUGUGACGACCCGCCUCCUCGUGACUGCAUGACCGAGAUGUUACUACUGUGAUGUUCUCUGUGUAACCAAGACGGACCAUGUGAGUCGACCUGCAGGUGGACGGUGUACAGGCAUGCUGCUGUGGCUCUCUCCCCAAAUACUGUGGGCGGAGACUCUGACCUUCCCGCGGGUCACUGACCCGUUCCAUUUGGCUCACUCAAGAUUCUUCACUGGAGAGUCUGUUCGGACGCGAGAGGCGAAAUCACCCUGCUAUUGUGCUGCUAGCUGGCAUUAGCAUUGUCUUCUGUCUCCAGUUUUCACUGUCGUGAUCUCUCGACCGAUGUUUGACCGAUCCGAUAAUUCAGUGAGAGCCCGAACGCAUCACCACGAUCUGAUUUUACUGUCAGGAGAACUGAAGAUUUAUGAUGAAAAAUGCCUAUGAUAAAGGGCAAAAAAUGUAAUAAAAUAAAGAGCAAAAAAGUGACAGAAAAAAAUCAAGGACAAAUUAUCAGGAUACGUUUCCAUAAAAUGCCCUCCAUCAGCCGAAAAAUUUCAGCAUCGAAUGUGAUUUAUAUAAAGUAAAUAAUAAAGAAUUGCUAACUCAACAGGACGGGGAAAAAGUAAAGUUAGAAAAUUAAAUUACCACACAUCUCUGACAAAAAUAUAUUAAUAAAUGAAUAUUAAAAUGGAAACACUUUUUGUCAACUGCUUAUAAAAUUGAAAAUAAAUAAUAAUCAGAAAAUAGUCAGAAAAUGUGACAGUUGAUCGACUUGAGAAUUCUCAAGUCAACAUUUGGCGGGAAACUCUUCCGCUCCAGCCGGGCUGGGUGGCUUCCGCUUCUCUUCCUGCAGUGACCCGGCGUCCUCACCUCCGCUCUCGCUGAGUCACCUGUGUGUUUCUGGAAGCUGUGGUGACUGACCGAAGCUUAGCAUCAAAUGUUUUCAGUUGGCUGACGCACGUUCAGGCCUGAGGUUGCUCCUUUGAUUUUCAGCCACUUGCCUUACAUCCGCAGACGCGCGUCCGCCCCUGGCCCCCGGUCGUCCUGCAUGACUCUCACUGUGACCCGACACCUGUUCUGUAGCAUCCCUGUGUGCGCGUGUGCAUGUACGAGUGCGUGUUACCGUGCAUGUGCUCAGGUGUGCUCUGCACUGCGGCAAAAUACUCAUGUAACUCUGUCGUUGGUCGAAGCAUGAACUCCGUCGGACCAGCCUGAUCCUUUGUUUCAGGAGUUAGGGUGGGUAAAAGAAGGUUCACACUUCAGUCUGGGAAACACAAAAUUCGCCCCUGCAGCUAACGAAUAUCGCGUUUUCUACCGAAAGAUCCCGCCCAAGCUAAAAAGCUACACGUGGCUAAUAUGUUUCCUCGUUUAAAGUGGCACUUUCUGUUCUUGAGGUUCCUCUGACUGUUCGUACAGAUGGAUCACUGGCGCCACCUAGCGGCAGGCAUCUAACUCACGGGGAAGACUGUCAUCACUCGCCGUUGUUCUGGUGAAUUUCUGAUGUUUAAAAAUGAGCUGGGUGUAACCAGUUAACAAUUAGCAUGUCUCAGUAGCAUUAGCAUCCAAUAGAGUGGUCCUGAAAUCGAGUCCUCGCAACUCGGUUUGAGAACCCAAACAAGUUAAAAUAGGGAGCUUGUCAAUGGUCUGUUGAUUCCGCUGUAGACCUAGUCAGAGGAUCCGUCUGGUCUGUUUCUAACCCUGUUUUCUACAUUCCCGUCGGGUACUCUGGUGUUUCCCCGCACGGCGCGCCUCCCCUUGCCGCGCUGCAUUCAGGCUGAAUGUCUCCUCUGUACAGAAUCACGUUCCUUUGGUUGUAAAGGCGAGCCGCCAAAACGUCUGUGAUGUACGAUGUGCAACCGGAAAAAUACUUGCGUCUAUGUAUAGCUUCUAUAAAUAUAUAAAUAUAUAUAUUCCAAGUAUAAAGCACCACGGGGAUCUUUUCUAAGAAUGUAUUUUGAUUAUGUAAAUGACUCUGCUUGAAUAUUGAAAAAAAGAAACUAAGCAGCGCUGUGCGUUUGGUGUUUGAAGCGGCGGCGCGAGCUAACUGCAUGGUUGUCUUCUGUUCAUAUCUGGAGAAGUUUAUUUACCAGCACUGUGUCAAGUCGACUGCUUCGUAAGGUCGGGCUUCAAAAGGAAAAAAACAAAACAAAAAAAGACCCACAAGCUGGCAGUUUCUGUGUUUGCUGCGACUGGGACUGCGCUAUCAUGACUCCGUUGUGUGACAGUGGGAAUAUUUUGUUUCAAAGGUUUGCAUCUACUUCUGAAUAAAGAUGAAUGAUCAUCCAA